AUGUCGACCGCUCAGUACACCAAGAAGACCUUCACCCUCAACACCGGUGCUAAGAUCCCAGCCAUUGGUCUGGGCACCUGGCAGUCCAAGCCCAACGAGGUCCGUGAGGCUGUGAAAAAUGCCUUGCUGAGGGGCUACCGCCACAUUGACACUGCCCUUGCCUACGGCAACGAGCACGAGGUUGGCGAGGGUAUCCGGGACUCUGGCGUUCCCCGCGAAGAGAUCUGGGUCACCACUAAGCUCGACAACCCCUGGCACCACCGCGUUGCGGAGGGCAUUGACUCCUCCCUCAAGAGCCUGGGUCUCGACUAUGUUGACCUCUACUUGGUCCACUGGCCCAGCUCGACCGAUCCCAAUGACCUGAAGAAGCACCUUCCCGACUGGGACUUCAUCAAGACCUGGCAAGAGAUGCAGAAGCUGCCUGCGACCGGCAAGGUUCGCAACAUCGGUGUCUCCAACUUUGGCAUCAAGAACAUGGAGAAGCUGUUGAACGACCCUAGCACCAAGAUCGUCCCUGCCGUCGACCAGGUCGAGCUGCACCCCAACAACCCCUCUCCCAAGCUGAUUGCCUACCUGAAGUCCAAGGGUAUCCACGCCACCGGCUACUCUUGCCUGGGCUCCACCAAUUCGCCCCUCUACAAGGACCCCACUCUCCUGCAGAUCGCUGAGAAGAAGGGCCGAACUCCCCAGCAGGUGCUGCUUCUCUGGGGUCUGCAGAAGGGCUGGAGCGUCAUCCCCAAGUCCGUCAGCAAGUCUCGUAUUGACGCGAACUUCGACCUUGACGGCUAUGAGUUGACCGACGAGGAGAUCAACCAGCUCGAUAACCUCAAGGACCGUUUCAAGGUCUGCGGUGACGACUGGUUUGCCUAUGAGAAGGCUUCCAAGGCCAUCAGGUCGAGGAUUCCAGAACAUCUGCAACAAGGCUCACUCCGUUACCAACCAGCUUAUGCUCGUAUUAAUCCCCGACAGCCUAUUAACAGGGCCGCUGCCAUUCGCCAGGCUCGUAGCCGUCACUUUUCUACUCGUGCUGGAAGCGCCUUCAUCUCGUACAUCCGGACUGGACUACAAGGUGAACGUGCUGCCUUCCAGCCGUCCCGUGUUGCGUCCAAUGUCAGUCGAUUGACCUCCCGGGCUCCGUUUGCCUCGACCUUGCGUCCCAACUUGACCGGUGGCACGUUGGGCCGUACCGCAGGAGGGUACACGAUUGGCGCUGGUCGCGUUGGGGGUGCCCGGUACUUCUCUCAUGGCCCAGCGGCGCCUGCGCAGGUCAUCAACAAUGUAUCGGUCGGUGUUCGGGCGUUUUUCCUCUCGGGGCAGAAGGCUCGGUUCGAUGGUAUCGACCACGUCACCGGAAACAAGAAGUACAAGGCCGUUAGUGCGCUCCAAGACGAGGCCGAGCGUAAGAUGAUGGCGAUUCCCCGAACGGCGCCCGGUUCUUUCGUUGAUUUCCAGAUGUCGCCUACUAUCACGGCAUUUGGCCUGGAGAAGAAGUUUGGUGUGUCUGGGGCAGUGGAGCCCGCGACGCUCAAGUCGGACGGUGUCCUGGAUGUGCUCUCUGCCGAUUUCGGACGUGCUCUCAAGGACUUGGCGGCCGUACUCAAUGACCUUAAGCGGCUGUCAAGUCUAGGAGACUUGCCCAUUUUACUUCACGACAGAUCAACAAUACGGGUACGAUUUCCAGGCUGUGAUGCAGCCACCGUGGAGCGACUGUGUGACGAAGUCGGCGUCCAGCGGGGCAAGAUCGUGCAGGACGACGAUUUCAACAUUCGCACCGGCGCUGAUCUCGCCCUUCUGUUCCCCUUUGCACCCAGCAUUCCUGCUUCGCCAGGUACUGAGGAGUACUUCUACCGAGAAGAGCCAGCUUGCACCCAGAAGCCUGAUGGAGUUGAUUGGGAAGCCAUGAUGUCAGACAGCCUCUCGGAGUCGUCACCAGCGCACAAGCUCAGCUUCGAGGAUGUUACCAUGUUCAACGACAAUCCAUGGGCCUCCUCCCCUUCGGGGUAUUCCAGCAUCAAUAUCAGCGAGCUUGGCGAUCGGGAGCUUUUCCCCGAGACGUCGAGUGCUGGCAUACCUAGCACUUCCGGAUGUGGAUCAACCGAAGGAAUACAUCGUUUUCUAGCAGAAUGUGAUCGUGCUGCGCAAUGUUAUUGAUAUGCAUAUCUAUCCAACUUGGACAUUCAUU